AACGACUUCAUUUUUCUCGUGUAAUUUUUUCUUCUCUGCCUCUCUCCAAUUCAACCUUCUUAGCCAUGAAAACUCUUCCUUCUUAACGCAGGUAUCGCUCUCUUUCUCUCUUUUUAUGCACAACUUUCUAUGUGUAUAUAUGUGUGUAUGUAGAGAGAGAGAGAGAGAGAGAGAAAUAAGUAUGUUAUUUUCUUCAUCAGGAACUAUGCUUUGUUCACGUUUUCUUUAUUUUCAAUCUGCAACUUUGCGAAUCGGUGUAUAACCAUCACGACCCAUUUUUGUAGCUUGGUUUCUUCAUGUGGGUUUCGCCGGGUUCUUCUUCUUCCAUGGAGGUGGAUGCAGUACAAGUUAAUGACCUGAAUUGUAUCGGUGAGCAAGUUGAUGAACAUUCACUUUCUCCAGAAUUUUCUGGUGUUUAUGAUGUUUUUGGUGAUCCGGACAUAUUUCCUCGGGUGGGGGAGCAGUACCAGGUUGACGUUCCGUCGUUAAUUUCAAAAUCUGAAUAUUACUGUUUUCAGAGGAACCAGCACGAGGCAGAAAGCACAGCCAGUACUCUCCAUAAGUUCCGAAUAGGAUUACCCAUCCCGAUAAUUUGGAUUAAGGAUGAAGUAGAGCACAAUAAGCAUGAUCCACUGAAAAAUGCAAGCAAGCCAAUUAGAGUUACUAAUAAAACUGAAUGUUCACAACUAGAAUGUAUAAAAGAGACCCAAAAUGCUCUGGAUUGUGAUAAACUGAAUCCUAAGCUUAAUGCUGCCAACGGUACAUUGGUCAAUAGAUUGAAAUUGGGUGAAUCAGGAAAUUCCAAUGUGCAGCAAGAAACAGAGAUUGGGAUGCAUGAGAAGCAUAGAGAUAAUGGCCGUUGUCUGGUUCCCGGGUCUGCAAGUGACACCUGGAAUGAAAUUGAAGAGGCCAGUUUCAUCCUUGGCUUGUAUAUAUUUGGGAAGAACCUUGUUCAAGUGAAAAGAUUUAUUGGUGAUAAGAAGAUGGGAGAUAUACUGUCAUUCUAUUAUGGGAAAUUUUAUAAAUCUGAAAAAUAUCAAAGAUGGUCUGGAUGUAGGAAAAUGAGAAGCAGAAAAUGUAUUUAUGGGCAGAAAAUAUUCACAGGACCAAGGCAGCAAGAGCUUUUAUCUCGUUUACUACCAAACAUGUCAGAGGAAUGUCACAAAAAAUUACUUGAGGUGUCCAAGACAUUUGUAGAGGGGAAAAUGCUUCUAGAAGAUUAUGUUUUUACUUUAAAGGCCUCUGUUGGGCUCAAAGCGCUUGUUGAGGGAGUAGGAGUUGGUAAGGGGAAAGAAGAUCUUACAGGUCUCACCAUAGAUUCCACAAGGUCCACUCAAUCACUUCCUGUUCGUCAAGAAAUACCAGUUGGCAAAGCAUGUUCAAUGCUUACACCUUCAGAAAUAAUAAGCUUUCUAACAGGUGAUUUCAGAUUAAGUAAAGCUCGAACAAGUGAUCUCUUUUGGGAAGCUGUUUGGCCUCGUUUACUUGCCAGAGGUUGGCACUCUGAGCAGCCAGAUAGUCAUAAUUAUGCUGUUGCUUCAAAGAAUUCUCUUGUCUUCCUUGUCCCUGGGGUCAAAAAGUUUUCAAGGAAACUAGUGAAGGGGAAUCACUAUUUUGAUUCUGUCAGUGAUGUCCUGGGUAAAGUUGCUUCUGACCCUGAGCUAAUUGAGCUUGAGACAAUUGCAGAUAAUGAUUGCACUAGCAAGGAAGGAAAUGGGUGGACAAAAGAUACAAAACUGGACCGCGAAAAUUCCCCUGAUCAGCCCCGCCACUGCUAUCUCAAAGUAAAAACUCCAAAUCGCAGUUCGGAUGUCAUGAAAUUUACUGUUGUGGACACAAGUCUGGCUAGUGAAAAGAUGACAAAGGUGAGAGAACUGAGAAGCUUGCCAUUUGGAGUUUUAAAAGCUUGUAGUUUUGAAAAUGACUCAGAUGAUGAGAAUAGUUCAGAGGAGCAAGCAAAUGAAUCUGUGUCUGUCAAUACCAUAUGCUUUGAUCGGGGAGAUAAUGAUAAUACUAAAGCCAGUAAAUCUAAUGUAAGUAAGGGUGUCUCUUCACACUUGAAUGGUUUAGAAAACAACGCAUCAAAAGAGGAGCUUCCAAGGAGCAGCAUGGGUUUGACUAGUCUAUCUGCCGUCUCCAAGGACCCUAAGACAGAAUGCUUAAGCAACACACAGAGAAGAGAUGGUAUGAAGUGCCAAUCACUCCAGAGAAUGGCAUCUGAUAACAAUAAUGAUCUAGUUCCUGUCACAAAAAGGAGGAGGAGAUUAACGGCCUGUAGCCGAGCAAAGAAAAAUAGCAACAAUGCCAAUUUCUUUGUGGUUCCCAGAGUUAAAAAAGAGGCGGCCAGUUUUUGUCCAGAUCUUGACAAUUCAAAUUCUACUGAGAAUGUAACUGCUAACUUCUUUGUUGCUCCCAGAGUAAAGCAAGAGAAAGCCAGCUACUGUCCUAACAAGUCUAAAUUUAGUGAGAAUGUUCUUUCAUGGGAAGCUCCACCCCAGGAUAAGCCAUUAGCAGGUUUUCCAACCCAGAAGAACAAGACAUUAGCAGAUUCUCUGGAAAAUCCCAGCUCGAUCAUCAAUGUAGAGGCAUUUCCUGAUACGAGUUCUUCCGGCGCUAAGGAUCAAAGUGAUAAGCAUCAGCCACGGACUAUUAUUGACCUUAACUUACCUGUUUCACCAGAAGCUGAAGCUGAUGAACCUUUAGUGAAUGAAGUGACUGGAAUACAGCAGAAUAACACAAGCAAGGAAUCAGAUGAGCUGAGUGUUGGAACAAACUUCAAACCUGUGGAUCACUCCGAUCAUCAGCCUGACAUGCACGGUAGGAGGCAGAGUACUAGAAACCGGCCACCGACAACAAAAGUGCUAGAAGCUUUUGCCUUUGGAUAUCUAGAUAGAAAGGAGAAACGCAGAGGUAGAGAUUACUUCCAAGAUAGUUCAAUUACAAGACCUUCCCGACGCAUAUCUCGCAAAGUGGCCACAGCUUCUAGUAGUGGUGGUACAGGUUUUGAAAACGAGGAAAAAGCAAAUGUUGUCUGUAAUGGUAAUGUUAGCACUAGCAGUGACAGUAAUGUGAUAUAUACAGGCUUCAAGUGCAAUCAAGGAUAAAGGAAACCAAGCCUUCAAUUUGAGCCCUAAACUCAGGAAGAGAAUGAUACUUCCCUGAAUCAAUCUAAGCCGUGGAAGUUUGAUUACCUGUUUUUGAUAUCAUGAGAUGGCUGGACAUGACAUAAACAAGAUAGCAGCAUUUUCACUCAUUGAGAUUUCUGUCAUUAUUUAGAAGUCUUCAAUCUCAGACAAUGUUCCAAAGAGCUCCUGCUGCCCCCUAUUGAUCAAGUGGUUUGACAAUGCUGCAUGGUUAUGAACAGAAUAUACAGUAAGCCAAUGCACAUUAUGACUCUAGUUUUUUUUUUUCUCUUCUUUUGAUCUUUUCUUUUGUCACAUAAUUAGUUGUUUAACUUGGUCAAUUUCUGUCAUCUGAUGACAGAAUAAAGGAAAAAGGGAGCUGUUACCGUAGGCUUUUCCCCUAUUUGGGUGUGUCCUCCUUGGUGAUGACUCCAAAUAUUCAAUAUACACGCAUGUAUGAUGUUAUUUCAUCAUAAUUAUUUGGUGGUUGUUUGUAAUAACUUGCCUUUGCCUUUUCCAUUUGGAUAUCAACAAACUUUGUUAGUUACACCCUGCUAAGUAUUUAUAUUAUGGUAGGAAGGAACUUUUUUC